AUGGUAAAGAAACACUUAAACUCUAUCAAAAUAGACUUUAAGAAAUGUAUAAUAGAAGACUGCCUACUUCAGAUACGGAAUUUGAAACAUAUAAAUGAGCCAGAUUUGGUUAAGGUAUGGACAAUUGAAAUUGCUCCAAAAGAUACUCCACUAGUUCUAAACUUUAUAAAAGAAUACUUUUCAGACGACGAUCCUGUAACGUAUUUACAUUGCAAAAGAAUACAAAAGUCUGCAGAUGGCAGUAAACUGUGCGUCAUUUUAUGUUCAACGAAGUUAAUAUCAGACGCUGAUGAUGUCUGUAAGAAACUUAAAGAAGCGGAUUUUGCAUAUGAAAAACUUGCUCAGCAUGAUUUACCAAUGGUUGCUCCAUAUAGCAGGGAACUAUCUAGGGAGUGGAGUACCCGAUAUUGGCCGUUGGUUUGGAGAGGAAAUCCUAAUGAUCAAAUACUGAAUGACUGUGUAUUUGACAUUCCAUAUAUUAAAAAAAUCCUGGAGAAAGUUGAAAGUAAAUGCAUUGAAAUCAAAGAUAGUAAAAAAGGGUUACCAAUUGUAACAGCUUUUGUUAAUCCAGCCGAUGUUAAUAAUCCUUACUUCGAGAUUGACUAUCGAUUCGAAGGUGAUGCAUUAUGCCAUAGUAUAAUGCAAGGCAUAAGAAAGGUAGCAAACGAAGAAGCAAAACGGCGAGAAAGAGUUUCAAAAGGUUUGGAGGAAGCUAGGAUAGAUAAUUAUUUAUGUCUUGAUUUUGAAGUUUAUACGUCACACGAACCUUGCUCAAUGUGUGCUAUGGCGCUGAUCCACUCCAGGAUAAAAAGAUGUAUCUUUAUAGAGCCUAGAACUAAAACGGGGUCGUUGAAACAGGACAGCGGAGAUGGGUAUUGUAUGCAUAAUAAUAAGGAGCUUAACUCGAAAUAUGAGGUAUUUCAAUGGGUGGGUAAACAGUUUUCUUUGCCUGAAAUUGGAGCAGAUGAGUGUUGCUGA